AUGGCUGCCUCGUGGUUGCAGUCGCAUUGGUCGUCGCUAGUGCUCCUCUUAUUGGCGAGCUAUUUCUUCUUCAAAAUCCUACGCUUUGGUCGACGCGAGAGACAUCUACCGCCCGGGCCGCCAACAAUCCCAAUCCUGGGGAACGCGCAUUUACUUGCAUCAGGACGGGUAUUUUUCAAAUUCAAGGAAUGGAGCGAUCGCUAUGGUCCCAUUGUCUCCUUGAAAGUCGGCGUGUCCACCAUUAUUGUUUUGAACGAUCCGCGUGCUGUCCAUGAGCUGAUCAACAAGAAGAGCGCAUGUUAUGCAGAUAGGCCGGCGGAUGAACAGUGGGAUCUGGCGGUGCAGAACGAGCACGUUGCGUUAAUGCACUCGGGCCCAGAAUGGAGGGCCAUCAGAAAGAUCAUGGCACAGACCUUCUCGGCAAAACAUUUGGACGGGAAGCUCGCCAAGAUCCAGGAAGCCGAGAUCAAUCGUCUGAUGGCCGAGAUCCUGGAGCGACCAGAGGACUUCCGUUCGAGCGUGUUACGAGCGUCUCUGUCGAUUGCCAGCAUCAUCAUCUACGGCUUCCGGGCCCCGUCCUGGAGCAGCUUUUUCGCGACUGACAUGAGCACCACCACGGAUAUACUUACCAGGGCUAUCGCGCCCGGCUCGUACCUUCCCGUCGCACAAUUCCCGUUUCUCAAGUACAUCCCUGACCGCUGGGUUCCCUCGAAACGGGUUGGCGCCGAGACGUACCGCCGGAAUACGGCGACGUUCGAGAAGGCCCGGAAAUUAGUCGCGAAGAGGCGCGAUGAUGGCGACAUGCGCGACUCGCUGAUCGACAGAGUAUUGGAUGGGUCUGUGCAGCCUGAUGUGCCCCUGUCUCAUAGCAUGCUAAACGCGGGCCUCCUGGGCAGUGGCCAUCAGGCCGCCUCUGAGAACACGGCGACCACGGCCUUGAUUAAUUUCCUAUUGCUGGCCCAGUAUCCAGAGUUCCAGGAGAAGGCCAGAAGAGAACUCGACCGCGUGUGUGGUACAGAGCGCAUGCCGCGGUGGUCUGACUUUGACAGCCUGCCGUAUAUCAACUGCAUCAUUAAGGAGGGCCUUCGCUACAAACCAGUUGUCCCUACAGGUGUCCCCUACUGUGCAAAGGAAGAUAACUGGUACGAUGGUAUGCUGAUUCCCAAAAAUGCAACCAUCUUUGUCCCAGUGUAUGCACUGCAUCGUACCUAUUACCCAGACCCGGAGACCUACAAUCCUGACCGUUACCUCAACCACCCCAAGCUGUCAGUAGAGUAUGCUGCCAGCUCGGAUUACGAGAAACGCGACCACUACGCGUUUGGUGCUGGGCGACGAAUCUGCGCUGGCAUGCAUCUUGCCGAGCGCACUGUAUGGCGGACAAUGGCGCAGAUACUGUGGGCUUUCUCCAUCGAACCAGGACUCGACGCUGAAGGAAACAAAGUCGACUUGGCAAACACUGCCUUCUACGAAACCAUGGUAUACCAGCCCGAACCGUUCCAGGUAAGGUUUAUUCCACGCAGUGAAAAACACGCCCAGGUUGUGAGAGAUGCAUCUGCAGAGGCAGAGGCAUACCUGAAGCAGUGGGAGUAG